AUGCAGUUUCAGAGAACCAUACUUCCAAGCACUCAAGUGCCUCCAGCAUCGCUCACACGAGCGGAUAUCGCAAAAGAAAUACCUGCCCUUUUGCCGCUCUACGACGACUUCCCGCACAUUAUUUAUACCAAAUCCGAUCCCAUUUAUGAGAGGGUAAGUUAUGCAUUCAACAAAUCGACCUCGACUCAGCCACUAGUGGUAAUUCGACCUCUGGAUGAAAAACAUGUGCAAGCCACUGUCAAAAUAGCCCGAGCUGCUGGAAUACCAUUGGGGAUUCGUGCUGGAGGAUCGGAAAUGUUGGGAAGAAACUUCAAGGGAGUUGACAAGGGCAUUAUAAUCGACCUCCGCAGUCUGUGUGCAGUAAAGGUAUCCGAUGACAGGGCGUCUGCGAAAAUUGGUGGUGGCGCCAUAGCAGCUGAUUUGGCUGUUGCUCUCUCGAAAGAGGGUGUUUUCACACCUAUUGGUUGGCAUCCGCGACUUGGUUAUGCCGGAUGGGUAAUGGCAGGAGGUUAUGGCCUUUAUGCUUCAUCAUACGGCCUUGGUGUCGAUAAUCUUCUCGGCGCUCGCCUAGUUCUCGCUGAUGGUUCUGUGGUUGAUGUCGAUGAGAAUAAUUACCCCGACCUUCUCUGGGCCCUUAGAGGAGCUGGAAAUGGCAUAUGGGGCGUUGUGACGCAGUUGACCAUCAAAAUCUACCCGGCUCCAAAUCUUUUAAUCGGCAAUUUACGAAUUCAAAAGAAAGACUGGCCGGCAGUAUUGGAUGAAUGGGCUAACAACAUUGAGCCCAAUCUCCCAGACGAGUUUGGAGGAGAUCUCUACUUUAGGAAUAUAGUCUUGGAUCAACCGGAGAUGACCAUUUUCUUUGCCUGGUGCGCAAAGGAAGGCGAAGAUAUCCAAAAAGGCUGGGACUAUUUGGAGAAGAUCAAAUCACUUCCUGGAGUUGUGGUACAGCAUAUUGCAGAAUCUGAUUUUGCUACUUACAUCACGUCGGAAUCAACUGCCCAGCCAGCAUCUUUCCAACUCCGCGGAAUUAUUACAAAGGGCUUGACCAGCAAAGUAGCUUCGGCUUUACUCCGCCAAUGGACCAACCCCAAGAUCUACACUGGAAUCCCUUGUCACUUUGCACAUGGAAUGGCAAUCAAGCCUAAUCCAGGCGCCUGCUUCCCACUACGAUAUCGGCACAGGCUUUUCCCUGUUACUUCUCUCCACGCAGAAUUAGGAGGCACGGAAGAAGGAGCAUCGCUUGUGGCUGAAUCGUCUGCUCGUGUGAUAAAUGACAUUAAAGCUACGGGAGAUGCAUAUGUCGGAGCUUCUUAUGAGAAUUUAAUUCCUCCCGUUGACACUGACUUGGAGGUUACAUUUGGCAAAGAGGCUCUGGAGAGACUCAGGACAAUAAAGAAGCAAUACGAUCCGGAUAAUUUCUUUUCGAAUGGAUAUCCCAUUUUGUGGAGUUGA